UUAUUAUACAACACAAUCACAACCCUGAGAGGGGGAUUAUAUUUUUUUGUUAUGGCUCCGGUUCUGGAGUCUCCGCCUUCCGCGCAUCAGGCUCUUCUUGAGCUUGAGAAAGGCACCAGCGGCCCAGCAAGUCAGCUGCAGGAAGCUGCGCGCAUAAUUGGGGUGGAUUUAUCUUCUUCAUAUAGUCGUGAAAAGCUAGACAUCAGAGUGGUUCCGGAUGCGGAGAAGGAAAAUCAGAAGCAUUCCGCACCCAAGGAGGAAUGGGUUCUUCGCUGGCUCAUGAAGAAAUUGAAGGGAUCUUCACAACAACACGAACAGUUGCAGUCAAAGUACUAUAGACUAGACACCAAAACGUGGAUUCUUCUUCAACAACUUUUUGAUCGUAUACCCACGAAGCCUUUGGCGUUUGUUCUCAAUGAGAACAAGUUUUUGCUAAUAUUGAAGGAUGUGUUGGGUGCUAUUUCGGAUGCCUCGAACUCCUGCCCCGAGCGUCCUGCGUUACAGGAAUCCUUACAUUCUGAAUCCAGUGUGACGGUACAAGAAUCUCCUGUUUCGGGACCCUCGAAAAGGGGCCAAAAGCGGAAGAGGGCGGAGAAUGGCUUGGAUUCAGUGGUACCGGUUGGGGGCUUUGCGGGGUCAUGGGUUGAUACGUUUUGUACCGUUUUGGACUCUGUGAAGGCUCUUGUUUCGCUACCAGAUCAGGUUUCCGGGGUUAGAUCAACUGCCAAUUCACAGCUGAAACUCGUCCUGAGAGGGGAGCCCCAGAUAGCUGCCACGAUUCUUGGACAGUCAUUAGAAUUGGCACGGAAAGUCGUAGAAGAGCGGGAUAGGGGGUGUGUGGAGUUAGAUGCGCAACUAAUGCCCGCGUUGCCUUCUGUUUUGGAGAUUUGGAGACUGAGUUCGGAACGGCUUGGUGACGCCACCAACUUGUCUAGCGAUGAUCCUUUUUCAUCACAUUGUCUAUCGGAAGCACUACAUCUACUUAUGGCUCUGAGAGAAAUUAGAACUGAAUCGCCUGAGAAAACGAAUGUGAUACAAAACUUGGAACGCAUUGUCGUUCUGCAAUUCGUCCUUCCACUUCGCCAGUCAUUCUUCUCCACCUACUCAACUGAAACCAUAAAUUCGAAUCAUAGUCCUGAUUCCACCCAAAUCAAGCGCGUACUUAAAGAUAUACAUUCCCGCUGGAAGAAGUCUAACCACAGCUCGAAUAUCAAGUUGCUGCCCACGUUACUGGAUAUUGCUGUUCGAUCUGUGCCUCGGGACACGUUCAGGAGACAAGUGUAUGAAGCGCCCUGGCUAGAGACGCUUUUUGUGGCACUCUCAACUAUCGCCGGCUGCCCACCAGUUGAUGGCAUGUCAUGGAGCACACCUCAUAGAGACAUCCCGAUUCUCGAGCGUCUCUUGCAAGUGAUCCUCGAAAGGGAAGUAAGCCUUUCUAUUAACACAGUCAGUCGAUAUGCGAUACGAUUUUCUGGGCUUGUGGAAAAUGAGGCAUACCAGGCUACCGAGUGGUCAUUAAUAUCCAAAAUUAUACGGACGGGUGUUGAUGUGUUCCUCCCCAACUCCGGAAUUGAUGGCACGGAAAACUUGCUCAGCAACCUUAUCGGUCGAAUCACAUCUUUUUCGCUAGUUUCAAGCAUUAUGCCAAAUGAGACCUAUGGCGUCAUUAAGAACGACGUUGUUAUACCUUUGCUCAAAGGGUUUGCGGGUGCAAGGGCUAUUGGUUCAUUCCUCAAUAUCUGGUCCGAUCAAUUAACUUGGAUUGAAUCUACUCGUUUAGGCGGGGCAGAUAUACUCUACUUUUUUGUUUGGGAGGAUGACGACCUUGCUGCUGCAUUUAGACCUUUGAUAACGGAUCUAUUCUCUGAGAAUCAGACUAAAGAUCGUCUGCAAACUAUUUUAACACAGCACUCAUUCGACGACGAAGCGAAGAUCUCUGAGUACUAUGCAGACAUCGUAUUGCUUGACGCUAUCUUGAAACCACAAUUACGAGAAGGCGACGCUAUGUUAGAAGGCGAAUCCUUGGCACAAGCCUUCGGUAUAAUAUCCAACUUAAUCUUGUCGAGAUGGAAGCUAGACUGGGGAUGGCGGCUAUGGCGUCUUUCCCAGCGUUUUGUUAAUCGGCUUUCCUCGUACACAGAUGAUAGUUCUAUGGACCUUAGCAGAGCCCUGUUACCUAAAGCAGUUGACCUGUUGCAGAGCUUCCAUAAUCAGGGGUCCACCACCAAUAUAUCUACGAAUGAUUGUCUUGAAGCAUUCGAGGCUUUUAAACUUGUGGUACUGGUUGCAGGCAGGGCAGACAGCGCCAAACACAGCCAGUAUUUGAAUGAAAUAAUCCCGCGAAUUGCACCCGCGUUUAAUCAGGUUGUGAAAUCUGCAGGACCAGCAUGGGACGGUCGAGUGGACACUAUGACCUCUCCCGAAGCUGUUUGUGUUGGUUAUCUUGUUGUUUUACAGGCAACGCCGUUGGCUGUUUCCCGCCUAACAUCCGAGAACCGAGCCCUGCUAUUUAACGGCCUUCUCACGUCAGUUGAACGCUCCGAGCUUUAUACUUCGACACCGCUUUCGAGGCAAGAGACAGUGGGUUCGAGCCUCGAAAGUCAGUUGGUCGAAAUAUGGCAGUCGAUGACCUCUAACGAAUGGCUACUUGAGACGCCUGCAGCGGUUUACGAUCUUGUCAAUACAAUUUUGCAUCAUCUCAAAGAGAAGAACAGCCCCCGGCAUCUCUCAAUUGCGAGCCUCCUGAGCGUCCCAACUCGGUUGAUCCCACGCCACCAGAGGGGAAUGCUCUUGGAUUUCCUCCAACAAACGAUUGUUACAGGGCAAUUAAGCUCUGGGCCAUUGUGUACUGAUAUUCUAACCUUGAUGACAAGGCUGGCAGAUUUACCUAAGUCCUCAGCCCAGAUUACCAGCGAUUGGGAAGAACCAUGGAAACUUUCAAAUGCUAUUUCCCUCUCAAUGGGGGAUUCGUCGUCGACAGUGCUCCCAUUUCAACCAUUCCGCCAACUCCACAAAGUAAUCAUAGAUCGGGUGUUAGUCUCGUCCGAUGCUCAACGACAUCUGUAUUUCCAGAAAACGUUUGACAAAGCAUCCUCAAUGGUACAAAAAUACGAUAACGCCAACUUCAAUAACAUGGAGUUUUCUAUGCUUGUGUUAUCUCUAGGAACACUUCGCACACAUCAUGAGCACUUAGGCGGUAACCUUAAAGUUGAAACUUUGAAUGCGCUGCGCGAGAAAGUGUUAAACAUUCUCAUUUCUGAUUUACGGUCUAUCGAGAAAAACAUGGAAAAGGACAGGGAAAUGCUGGAUGUGAACACGUUAACCGGCAUUUUGAAUGCUCUGGAAGAUUUUGAAGACAUGAUGAAGACAAAUAAAGAGGCGCAAAAGGCCAUACGUAAAGUUGAGAAGCGAUUGACUACGGUUAGCGAUGAUAUCCACACCAAAAGACUUGCCAAACGCCGGCUCGUGUCGUCCCAGCAGCCUGGUAAAGACCUUGAGCAUGUACUGAUGCAGUCUCUUUCGUUAUUCCCCAUUGAUCAGUUAUAUGGCGAGGAACAACAGAUGCUUUUGCGAGACAUCCGCCACAAAUUGUCCGCUCUAUCAGAGAAGAAGCUCGUCCGUCUUGUACGCCAAAUUCGCGAGUCAGGCUUCGCAGGCCAAAAUACUGCUCAUCGACUUCUGCUUACAGGCGUUGCCAUUUCUUGCUUUGAGCCCGUUGAGGACCCAGAUACCCAAGCAUCACAGGAGCUGUCUGCCCUCUUCACUGCGUUAUUACAAUGCCUUAUCGAAACCACAGCAAUUGAACCAUUUUCUCUUGCAACAGAGUGCAUAGAAAUGCUCCUCCGUAACCGGUCGCGGUCCAUCACACAAUGGAACAUCGACAACACCCUAGGCACAAUUGCAAUCGUGAUAUCUACCCAAGGCCCCAAAAUAGCAGGGAAGUAUGCAGGGGUUAUUUACAGUCGCAUCUGUCACCUUCUCGGCCUCGUUUUUGGCCAAUACCGCCAAAAGCUCAGUGGAAGAUUCCAUCUUGUCCUACCAGUCAUGCAACCCCUCCUUCGCCUCCUCUUCACUCUCAGUUCGAGACCGCAAAGAUCAUCUCGCUCCCAAUUGACCCCGCCACCAUGGGCAGACAGUCAUAAUGCCAGUUCCCUUCUCCACAAGCCGUCUCAUGCAACCCAAUUCACCCGCCUCCUAACUACCCUAUGCGACCCAACGGUGUCCGCGGUACAACGGGUCCAGCGAUCAGAUAGCGGACUAACAGAUAAUACAAAAAAGGUAAAGAGUCUAGCGGGGCAGCAUUUGCAGUAUUUAGUUAUGGAGUAUGCCAUUUGUCAGCUGCGAGGUCAACUGGCGCCGGAGAUGAAGGCUGCGUUGAUACCGGGCUUUUACUCUGUUUUGGACGCGAUGUCGAAGGAGACGAUGAGGGGUAUGAAUGCGGCGAUGGACUCGUCGAGUCGGGCAGUGUUUAAGAGUUUAUAUGAAGAUUACGUGAGGUUUGGGAAGUGGAAUCAUGGGUGAUUUGGUUGGGUUGUGUGACAUUAUUGUGGGUAUAUGGUAUAUAUAUAUGUAAACCUUUUAUCUGGAAUGAAACGAAUUUCGAAACUUCAUGUGCGUAAAAUGCUUGGUGUAUACAGCUGCUUCAAUAAUGAGACUAGACCAGAUGGAUCAAUCCAUUAGCUCGGGUUAACCACCUUGAUAUACACACA